AUGAUCGAGACGACCAAACCGAUAAACGCCUACUGUACCGGCUCAAUGGAUCACGGGUUGGUUCUUUGUGUCUUUCCCAGAAAAAGCGAGGAAAAAAGAACGGAUGUUUUCGUGCAACAUUCCCAUCGACCGUUCUUUCUGGGAAACGGCAAACUUAUAUUUAAAACGAUACGGUAUCCUUCUUGAGUCACGCAUCGCUGGCUCUUCUCGAAAUGUUUUAUAAACUGGAAAAAAUUAUGGUCUUUCGAUGACCUUUCAAUGGAUUUUAAAAGAAGAUCAGUGCACGGAGGCCUGAUUUUAUAGACUUAGGGUCGCCUUUCUCGUAACUUAAAUAUAGAGCAUCUCAGUUUUUUUCGGUGGUGGUUUGUUGGAAGAAGAGAAGUCAAAGAAAUAAAAGAAAAAUUGAUGGUUCACAUAUUCUUGUGAACUCUGUAUAGUCCAGAGCGGUCCUGAUAUAAUCAGGUUUUCAGAUUCAACAAGGUGUUGGAAGUUUGUCAGACCCUGUGAAAAAAAGAGCUUUCAAUGAAUUUCCAAUCACGUUUUUAGAGAAGAUCAGCGCCAAGAAACUUGACAAAUAGACAAAGAUCAGACAAUGCAACAACUUAGGAGACAGAUAGGCACAAGUAAAUAGGCCUAAAAAGUCCUGUGACCUUACUUGACAAUAACUUGAUCAUCUGGCCUACUCAAGUACUGAUGAAAAGAAAAGAAAGUCAUUUUUUUGUGGGGGGAUAGACUAAGACUAAAGUAAGCAAAAGCUCAUCCGGGAGUUUUGUUUAGUAUGAAAAUUAUACUCAGAAAUAGCGAACGCAACUCAAUUAUGGCAAUUCGAACAUGCCUCUUAAUUGGCAACGAUGUGCAGUGCGAAACCACAGAUCAAAAAAAAAAAAAACUUUAACUUUAAUGGGUGCGUAACCGGUCGCGUGGUUGGCUCAACUGAUACUCUUUAUUCCCAUUUUUCCACUGUAGGCCAGAGUGCAACUUUUUUCAUUUGAAAGAAUAAAUCUUCACGCUGCUCAUCGUCUUCUACGUAAACUUUUCCAGGUACGAGUCCGGCACCAGCGACAAUAAUUCGCGUCGCAAUUCGUUUGCCUUGAAGGACUUUGUUCGUGGACGCAGAUUCACCAUGCUUUCUCGAGUUGGCUUUUUAAAUUCGUUCCUUCUUUCAAAAAACUAACUUCUGAAGUUUCCGAAGAAGAAAAAAAACUGCAAACUUCAAUAAAUUUCAUUUUUUAUAGCCUGCCAGACCUGGCAACAUGGACUCUCUGCGCAAGGCUUCCUGCCAAGUCAGUCCCUACCACAAUGACGAAGGUAUAUACGAUUCUCCAGCAGAAUCAAACUACUUCACUUCAGAAGACAACGACGACAUUGAGACGCCGGCCCCAAUGAGUCGUCGUCGAAUGAGUGUUCCAGAAAGCGGAUUCCAGAAGGCGGCGAGUUUUUCAAUUAAGCUUCAUCCUGAAUAUGGUUUUCCAAGAGCUAAUAGUUUUUUAUCUUCAGGAGUACGCAAUUCUUCGACCGACUCGAGACAUGGGAUCGUCCUACGAAAUUUUCACUGCCUUCGGUAGCCAUCUUUCCGAUUGUUGACGCCGUCGAGAACCGAAAAUUAUUCAGAUCGCCACACGGACCCUUAUCGCCACUACAUGCAAUCGCUCACGUGUUAUGAUCUGCAGCCGACACACGGCUCGGUUCUCCUUUUCUAUGGCAAUCUGAAAGUGAGACUUCUUGAGAAGAAUCUGGAAGCACAGAAAUUCCAAAAAAUUGUCAUUUGAAGCCGAUAAUGUUCAAAUGGAGUUGAAAAUACUUCUCACUUAGAAAAAAGUAAGAAGAAAACUGGUGGCAUCAAAAAUAAAAUAAAGAAAAAAACUGGUAACAAUACAUUUAUAAAAAGCUGAAAUAAAAAUCUUUCAAGGAAGAGUUUUCUGAAUACUUUUUCUAAAAUUGUUUGACAAAAAUUGAAGGUUCAAGUUGUUUCCAAAGCAUAUAGUAUGAUGUAAGGCAGCAAUGCUUUUUUGCUACCUGUUGGUGAAAUUCGAAAACUUGACCUUUUAAAAUUUAUGUUUCCAUGGGAGUGAGUUUUUCAUUUUUUAGGUUUCACCAAUUAAUGUAAAAGUUUUCCAAAUAAACUAUUUUUGGUAGUUGGAGCUGCAAAGAGCUUUUUUUUAAUAAUGUGGAAAAAUUAAGUUCUACAGUAUCUUUUGCACUUUGCUCUAAGGCUUUCGGGCGAAAUGGUACCCUAUGGUAUCCCAAAAAACCAUUGAUUUGAACCAUGAUGCAAUCCUCAUACUUCCAAUGUACAAAAACAUCUUUUUACAGAUGAGACAAGCCGUGACGGCUCUCAGCAACAACAGUCACCAAGCCGCCGUUGUGUGGAAUGCUGACGUUCCCGGUAUUCGACGUGCCUUUUUGUUUUGAGAAACUUUAGAUUUGCAGGCGACAUCGGAAUCCUCACUCUGACCGACUGCCUCACGACCUUGAUGAUGGCCCACAGGGGACAGCGUGGAGUUAGUACAUACUUGAAUUAUUUAUGUGGAGAGCCCUGAAAAACUUCCUUAACCCGUUGGCUUCGACAUUUUAUGCAGUUUUCAUCAUUCAACCAAUGCAUUAUUCAUAGUUGACAAUAUACUACAGCAUCAGAGAUUUAUCUUCCAAAAACUUUUGCAGCUGUCAUUUCUUUCACGAACACGUGUUUGUCCUUUUCCCCGCUUUGGAUCGGAAAACUAAAAAAGGAAUCGGGCUUGCAGGUGGCCGAAAUGACGCUUAACGACUACUUCAAAGCGACCAGUGCAAAGCCGCUAAUUCGCACGACGGCCGAGACGAGGUGAAGACUUACAAAUUUCCCAUCAACACUUCCUGAUAACUGAUGGCAUCCUCAAAAAACAAUCUUAUCAGCUAGCAGGAAGUUCCCAUACGUCAACAACAAAAAGCGAAAUACACGUCAGUAAAACACACAAGCAUGUGAAAAAUUUUGCAACAUCUUAUCGGGUAAAUAAAAAAAGAGAGGGAGUUUCUCAGAGAGGAAAUACUGCUCAACGGGGUUUUGAAAAAGUAAAGUUACAUAAAAAAAAGAAAUCCAAAUUUCGUGCUUUGAAAAAAUGAUCUUUAAGAGGUUUCAUUCAGUUCGAGAAAAAUACCCAUGCCAAGCUCGAAUUUUUUGAAUCAUCUCACUUUAUAAGACUAGAGUCUCCCCAGUUCCAAAUGAUAAUUUCCGUUUGAAAGUUUUUUUACAUUUUUCAAACCAAAAAAACCCUCUCGUAACUUUUUUUUACACGAAAAAAUAUAUUUCAAAGCUCGCUGGAAAGCAUUGAAACAAGUUUGCAUAAGGAUCAUUGCACUUUUUCGAACGAUUUCAUUUUUCUUCCCAAAGUUUACACACCGUAACCCUUUCUCAGACGUUUGAAUCAAACUUUGGUGCCUAGGCAGCACUUGGGCAAACAAACCCAUUGUUUUACGCAUACCGUAAAUGUGCAUCGGAUUCGAAUUUUGGAUCCAACGAAGGAGAAAAAAGUCCCACGAUCAAAGUACCAAAUUCAAACGAAGAGCCUUUCAGCGUGUGGGAUGCCGCCAGAGUCCUUUGUCUCAACCGCGUCCGCAGUUUGCCCGUCUUUGACACGGUCCGUUUUGAACAUACCGCCUCAAAAUGUACAUUGGUUUUUACGGUUGCAGGAUGGCUCUGAGGGGACCGCCAUGUACUUGAUUUCUAUGCGCAGAAUUCUCCACAAGACCGUGCUUAAAUUGGUAAAUCCUUUCUCUUUUUGUAAUGGGUGUAGUUCAUGACCAUAUCCGAGUCAUUGACUUUUUCGGAAAAGAAUUCAGUCUUCAAACAUUUGAAAGAUCAAUAUUUCUCGAAAACACAAAAAAGGGCAUUUCCCGUCUGUUUAGUGAGAAAGGAUCAAAAAUCAUAGGUGAACAUGUCGACCUACAUUUUUCUGGGCCGUCGAAAUUGUGAGAUUUUUGAAAAAGGUUUCAUAUUGGAAAAAAAGGACUUGAGACAUCUUUAAACUUCAAAAAAACAUUACAUUUCAUAAUUUUUUUGGUUGAAUGUUAAAAAAAGAAAAAAAAUAGCCAUUUACCGGCCGUAUUUCAAAAAAAUUUCACAAAUAGACUGGAAAUAUCAAUAAUUUUUUUAAGCUUGAAAGUACUUCUUUCAGGCUGAUCCCAGCGAUUCUUUCGCUCCGUACGUCAGACAGACCACUCUCAUCCAGAAGAAAGUCGGAACUUGGAAUGAUAUCGGAACGGUUCGUCAUACAUCCUUUGAUCGUUUAGCCCAAAAAAUCAUUCUCAACUUCCAAAACUUUCCUUCAAUGCAUCAAGAAACAGGAAGUUUGCAGAACUGAAGUUCAAAAUGUUGCCCUAGGUGCUCGCUUGUUUUCUUUUUGCAAACCAAUCGAAUUUGCACAAACUCGCUCCACAACAGUUGAGCGAAACGUGGAAACAAAAAAGAAAAUCACGCCAGCCACCACAACAUCUUUUCCUCCCGUUCUCGUUGCGGAAGUUAGGAGGGUCGAACAAACAAAUUUAUUCCGGAACAAUCAAUAAUAAUCUUUGCUCGGUUGUGGAUCGAAUAACACGUUGUUUUGGCUUAAUCUUCCACACUCUGCCGCUGGCCGCGUUUUCAUUGCGUGAGAACGUCUAUCUCGAUGUUUUGUCCCACAGGCAGACGCAAAAGUUUUGCAAAGGUCACAUGGGUGCUGCCCAACUCGUGCACUUUUUGUUAUUCACAAUUCCACGUCUGCCUCGUUUUCUCUUCGAAUCUGAACAAAAAAAGAUGUCUUGUUCGAAAAGUCUCAGCUAGAUCAACAGGCAGACGACUGUAUCGGGGUGACGUAAAAGAGAACUAGCGGGAUUGGACUCGGAAAAUUGGGAGGUCAACUUUAAAAAUAUUGCGAGAAAACUUGAAAAAGCUAUAGUGGAGGCAUUUAUUUGACCUUUUUGAGCUUUUGCUGUAGUUUUUCAAGCACAAGUUAUGAUUCCUGUUUCUAGUUUUAGUAAAUCCUUGCUUUAAAACUCACAAACUUCCAUUUUCUUGAAAAUUGUAUGAAAAAAAUUGAAUAAAUAUGAAAAAAAUGCUAGCUUCAUACUUUUUUUAAAAAGAAAAAAAACUGAAGUAGUAAAAUCUGUCGAAAAAUAUAAAAUUCGUCUUCAAGUUCAAAGCCAUGAUUAUUUCAACUCAAACAAAAAUUACAGCUGACGUCAGAAGCCACGUGCAAGGAUGCCAUCGAGUUCUUCCUCGAAAAGUUUCCACUAACCCGCACUUCAAAAUAACUUUUUGCGCCACUUCAGAAAGCUGUCGUGCGUUCCAAUCGUCAACAAGAGUGGACAGCUGCAGGGGAUCAUCUCGAAACAGGACAUCAUCAGAGAACUGUCGAGACAUCAUAACAACUACCUUCAAGUCCUGACUGCUCCAGUCAUUGUGAGAGAUACCGCUUGGGAGAUUAUGCAAAGGAAUCAAAAUUCAGAACAUCAUCGCUACCAAGCCUCGUCCAGUCGUCGGAAAGCCGGAAAUGACUGUUUUGGAGGCCAUCGCGAGCCUUGUUUCCACUGAGCGACAGGCUCUUGUAAGUUUUUAAAAAAAUGAACAAAAUCUGAAGUUUUUUUGUGGGAAAAUCUUUCAAAAAACGCUUGAUACUCUCCGUUCUCAGAAAAAUACUCUAAAAAGAAUUUUCGAAAAACCUCUCCAUCAACUCAAAAGAAAAUCGGUUUACGUGCCGGACUUUUCGAACUCUUUUCAUAAAAAAAACGUUUCAGAUCAUCGUUGACGCACAGAAGAAACCGGUUGCUGUGGUUUCGUAUUGCGACAUCAUGGAGUACAUCCAGAACUGCGAGUCGAGCCACAAGAACAGCGUCAUCGCCAAUCCUUGA